AUGCCGCCCUUCCAUCACCAUCACCAUCACCAUCACCAUCACCAUCACCAUCACCAUCGCCAUCACCCACUCAUCACAACCAACCCUACCCCCAACCAUCACCCCAAGAUAAACCCCUCUCGCUCCACGCCUCAUCCCAGCAAACUGCCUCGCAUUCCCGACUCACCUUCCCUUUCCCCUUCUGUGCUGGCUGCGCUCCCUUCUCCCACUUCGCCCCCAUCAGUCUGCGCCCCCUCCUCCCCCUUCCCCACCAUCAGUUACUUCACUCCCAGCCCCACCAACCCCACCAACCCCACCACCAGCGACCUGACUAACGUCCACGACUCACCUUCCCUUUCCCCGUGUGCACCUGCGCGCCUUCCUCCCCCUUCGCCCCCAUCAGGUACUUCACUCCAAGCCCCACCACCACCGCCGCGCCCCCCACAAUCAUCGCGCCCUGCCACAGCGGCUCCCGCCACCACUCCCCCUCUCCGCCCUCCCCUUCCGCCGCGCCCUUCCCUCGCCCCUUCCCGCCUCCCCCCGCCGCCUUGCCCGAGUCCCGUGCAGCCAUCUCCGAUUCUCGUCCGCCCGUCCGCGACGGCGUCUGUUAGCGAGGCUGCGGAGAGCUGCUUUGAAGCUGCUUCGGGCGAAUCGGACUUGAAUUCGAGUCCCGCGACGACCGCAGUUGCGAGGUUGUGCCGGGGCGGAGCGCGAGGGGCUCAACGCGCGCCGAGCGCGCGCACGCUGAUGGUGGCGGCAAGAAGCUCGAGGUGCGCAGGUCACGGCGACAGCCGCGGAUGCGGAUUGCGGAGGGACGAGAGUCAAGAAUCGCGGCGGCGCGGGCGAAUCGAGGGACCGGCGAUAUUGGCGUUCUAA